GCGGCGGCGGCGGCUCCGCGAUGGCGGCGGGCGCGGGGCUGCCCGUGAGGGGCGAUCGGCGCGGAGCCCCCCCGGGAGGGCGGGCGGGGGUCGCCAUGGCCGCGGAGCGCAGGUGAUCCCCGGCAUGGCCUCCCCCGAGAGCUCCCCGAGCAGCGAGGGCGGGGACGGGCCCGAGCCGGGAGCGGCGCCGGGGGAGCGGCCGAGCCCCGAGGAGCGCCUGAGCCCCGGCGAGCUGCAGCUGCUGGCCAAGCUGGAGGAGCAGAACCGGCUGCUGGAGGCAGACUCCAAGUCGCUGCGCUCGGUGAACGGCUCGCGCCGCAGCAGCGGCUCCUCGCUGGUCUCCAGCUCCUCGGCCUCGUCCAACCUGGGCCACCUGGAGGAGGACACCUGGAUCCUCUGGGGCCGCAUCGUCAACGAGUGGGACGAGUGGAGGAGGAAGAAGGAGAAGCUGCUCAAGGAGCUGAUCAGGAAGGGCAUCCCGCAGCACUUCCGCGCCAUCGUGUGGCAGCUGCUGUGCAGCGCGGCCGAGCUGCCGCUCAAGGCUCAGUACUCGGAGCUGCUGCGCAUGAGCUCCCCCUGCGAGCGCCUCAUCCGCAGGGACAUCGCCCGCACCUACCCCGAGCACGACUUCUUCAAGGGCCAGGACAGCCUGGGCCAGGAGGUGCUCUUCAACGUCAUGAAGGCCUACUCGCUGGUGGAUCGGGAGGUCGGUUACUGCCAGGGCAGCGCCUUCAUCGUGGGACUGCUGCUCAUGCAGAUGCCCGAGGAGGAGGCGUUCAGCGUCUUCGUGCGCCUGAUGCAGGAGUACCGGCUGCGGGAGCUCUUCAAGCCCAGCAUGGCCGAGCUGGGGCUCUGCAUCUACCAGUUCGAGUUCCUGCUGCAGGAGCAGCUGCCCGAGCUGAACGUGCAUUUCCGCUCGCAGAGUUUCCUCACCUCCAUGUACGCCUCCUCCUGGUUCCUCACCCUGUUCCUCACCACCUUCCCCCUGCCCGUGGCCACGCGCGUCUUCGACAUCUUCAUGUACGAGGGGCUGGAGAUCGUGUUCCGCGUGGGGAUGGCGCUGCUGCAGUUCAACCAGGCCGAGCUGGUGCAGCUGGACAUGGAGGGCAUGUCCCAGUAUUUCCAGAAGGUGAUCCCGCACCAGUUCGACUCCUGCCCCGACACGCUGAUCCUGCGCGCCUGCCAGGUCAAGUACAACCCCAGGAAGAUGAAAAGGCUGGAGAAGGAAUACGCCGCCCUCAAGAGCAAAGAGAUGGAGGAACAGAUCGAGAUCAAGCGUCUCCGUUCAGAGAAUCGUUUGCUGAAGCAGCGAAUCGAGACCCUGGAGAAGGAGAGCGCGGCCCUGGCCGAUCGCCUCAUCCAGGGCCAGGUGACGCGGGCGCAGGAGGCCGAGGAGAACGACGUGAUCCGGCGGGAGCUGGCGCUGGUGAGACAGCGCUGGAGCGCGGCCACCGAGAGCCUGAGGGUGGCACAGAGCACCAUCAGAGAGCUGCAGGGUAACCCCCGGCUGACCGAGGAGUUCGUGGCGCACCUGGAGACGGAGCUGGAGCGCUCGCGGCUGCGCGAGAGCGAAACGCUGGGAGCACUCAAAGAGAUGAGGGACAAGGUCCUGCACAUGGAGCAGCGCCAGCCGUUGCUCCCCGAUGACUCCAGCGUGGUUCGGCUGCAGGAGGAGCUGCAGGAGCUGGCACUGAGUGACCUGGGGGACACCUGGCAGGUGUGCGGGCGCUGGCAGGAGCCGCGGGCGCUGCGCGAGGUGCUGGGGGUGCAGCUGCGGGAGAGCCAGAGCCAGGAGCUGAGAGCGCUGAGAGAGAGGGUGCUGCAGCUGGAGACACAGGGCCGGAUCCAGCGCUCAGUCCUAGGCCGGGCAGAGCAGACCUGUGCCGGGCUCAGGGAGCAGCUCCGCGCCGCCGCCGCGCAGAGCCAGGGGCUGCAGGCACAGCUCAGCGAGAGCCACCGCAAACACACCGAGGCACAGUGCAAGAGCAAGGAGGAGGUGAUGGCCGUGCGGCUGCGCGAGGCCGACAGCAUGGCCGCCCUGGCAGAGAUGCGGCAGCGCGUGGCCGAGCUGGAGAUCCAGCGGGAGGAGGGGCGGCUGCAGGGGCAGCUGGAGCACUCGGACGCUGCGCAGUACAUCCGGCACCUGAGGGGACACAUCCGGGAGCUGAAGGCCGAGCUGCGGCUGCUGCGGGCGCCGCUGUCGCUGGGCUCGGUGCCGCUGGGCUCGCGCUGCCUGGGGGACGAGGACUCGCUGGGCUCCUCGGACGAGGAGCUGCCCCCGCCCUUCGCCCUGAGCCCGGGGGACAUCGGGGACACGGGGGACAGCAGUGACAGCGAGCCCGAGGUGGCACCAGCAGCACCGUGACACUGGGGACACUGGGGACAGCAGUGACAGUGAGCCUGAGGUGGCACCGGCGGCACCGUGACACUGGGGACACGGGGGACAGCAGUCACAGCGAGCCCGAGGUGGCACCGGCGGCACCGUGACACUGGGGACACUGGGGACAGCAGUGACAGCAAGCCUGAGGUGGCACCGGCGGCACCGUGACACUGGGGACACUGGGGACAGCAGUGACAGCGAGCCUGAGGUGGCAUCAGCGGCACUGUGACACUGGGGACAGCCUGAGGUGACACCUCAGAGACCCACAGGGACAUUGGGGACAAUGAUGACACCGAGCCUGAAGGGGCACCAUGACCCAUGGGGACAUCGGGGGACACUGGGGACAGGCUCAGGGGCCACCCCAGGGGUCUUUGGGGACAGGCCAGGGGACAAUGAGACACCCAGGGACAUGCCAGGGACACGCAGGUGACACCGAGGGACAGGCCUGGCCUGGCUGAUCCCACACAUGGAGAGAUCCCAGGAUGGGGACAGGGACAGGGACACAUGUG